UUCCCGAGGCGCCUGAAUAUUCCCGUCGAGUCCGAUUUUAAACGACCGUUCACGGUUCCUCGGAAGUUUCCACAACGUUCCCCCUCGAAAUCGUAGAUACCGUUAGGCGAUCAGCAUCGGUAAGCAUCGUUUCUCUCUGGUUCACGCACGUGCAGCCAGAGACACGCCCGGUUACGUUUUCUCGUUCCGUCGCCGCGAAUAAACCGGUGAUUACUUUCGAUCGAUAGAGCCGAGUAAAAGCGUACGUAUCGAUUCGGCUAGACCUCACCUAUGGAAGAGGCAUCACCUUGGUCGCUCUCGAAUCGGCGAGAACGAUACCCGCGAAGUGUAUCCUUCCCAAUCGUCGCCGGAUCGAUCGAUUCCCUGAGAACAGAAACGGCACGAGGACGAUAAAACGGAAUUCGGUGAGACCGCGCGGAGGAAGCCGACCUUCGCGUAGCGGUCUCUCGCCGGGCAAAAAUAGGAAAAUGGAUGCGUGACCAAUCCCAAUGGUGACUUUGCAACAGGCCGAUUAAAUUACCCGCAGAUGGAAAUCAAAUACGCCACGCUGUUAUUUCAUGAGCGUUCCGUUGUCCUCGGGACACGUUCGACGUAAACUGUACAUUAGCGGCGGUGUAUUUGUACGUUGCGCGAUGAACGCCGUGGAUCCUCUUCAAUUAUCGUGCCGCGAUCUUUCCGCGUUAAUUAAUUCGCGAAACAAACCUCGGGCUCGUCGAAAUUUUCCUGUUACACAUCGGCCGUGCAUCGAUGAUACCGAAAAACCGGUUCCCGGCGAAGACGGUCAGGCUCGCGCGACGAAUACAAAGAGAAAAAGAGCACAGCUGAAACGAUUCACGAUGUCGGUGACAUAGUUUCGAUGCUAUCGGACAGAUCUUCCUAUGAGCUAGACACGUUCGAUGCCCGUAUAUGUUCAUCCCGAUGACCGGGACCAUACGUGGCGUCCCACAUACUCGGAGUUCCAUCCUACUGUCAUACGGCGAGGCCGUGGCCGCGGCAACGGUAUCGAAACAACUCAUUAAGAAUUCAAGGUGUCCUUGACCUCCCUCCAAUGAUUUUCAACCUGCCAUGCCCAAUUUACCGCUAAUCGCGUAUCCACCGCGUGCACGUCGAUUUUAAUGCUUCAACCGUGGCUUCGUUUCGGCCGGCGUUUCAGAUAGCAUCGUUCCUUAUCGUUCUUAUCUCAGUUUCAAAGGCUGCGCCCGGUGCUAUGCAAAUCGAACGAUUCGAAGUUCACCGCGCAACAAUCGACGACGAGAUUCACGGCGGAAUUGCGUCCAGGCUGGACAAGAAGCGGCACGAUAAUCCGGUUAGCAUAAUAGAAAUGCUGUGUAUCGCGUCUGUCGCGCGUCAUAUUUAUUCCCGGCUGCGUACGUGUGCGUUGAAACCGCGCGCUGGUUUAGUCUUACGUUAGGUGCCAUUACACGCGAACAUUUUUCAUGGUCACCGAUGCUCUAUAGGCAUCCGCGGUGUCCCCGGGUGUUCGCGAAGCAUUUCUCGAACGCGAACGCGCAGGCGACCGUUCGGCCGAACGCCGAUAAACGAAGGUGCACCUUCACCGCACCCCUUUUCCUGGUUGGUCAGGAAGUCGACUCAUGCCCGUCCGGUUUUCUAAACGGUACCACCUUCGCGGCCGGAAGUACUCUUGCAGAUUCGACCGAUCUUAACGACUCCGGUUGCGUUAAUUCGCGCGGCGAUCGCGUACGUGAGCAGGAUGCGCUGAACUUUUUCGUCCGGGCGAUCUAGACACGCGUGCUCUUCGGUUAACAAUGACCUGCUAACGCGUUCGGUGCCGUACCACGUAUGGUACACGUUUUUGUAAAAUACUUUUAACGCUAGAACCGCCGAGUGGAAUGACUCAUUCCUGAUUUCCGCGAUUGUCAGAAACAGCAGAUGCUUUUCUGGAAGUUAUUAGGGAAGUUGAAUUAUGAAUCAGUUAGAGUCCCGAUAGAUGCACUCUUGGAGCUGCUAUAGAGAAAUCUCAGAAGGCUUUUUAUAUACGUUACAAAGCGACAACAUAAGGAAACAAUAGGAAAAUGUACAAAAACUACCAGAAACUCGAACAUAACUUAAUGUUCCAUUUAAACAAUCAAUACAGUUCGCAAGUGAAAUACGAUCGAAACUUCCGUGGCAGGGUGCGCAACCGUCAGUGAAAAACGCGUGGGAAAUUCGCGCAGUUUGCCGAUCGGUAUGUUUGCCGAAAACGUGUCUCCUUAGGCGGAUGACGUAAGAAGGUAUCCAAAUAAGUUUAUCGCGUGCAGCUCAUUCCUUAAACUAUUCGACGGGGUGCUGCUCGAUACAUUCGGAAUGCCUCGCGAGGCGUGUCCGCGUGAAACGGACUGUUUCUACUCGGAAGAUCGGCUACUCCGGCCGCAAGUUUUCCCCGGCUACGCCGGACGAAACGAGCGGCCCGAGGGAUUGCACAAUGGCGAUUAUUACGAACGUUCCUCGAGUCGUUGUGCCAUGCGUUCCUAUGGUGUGUAGGCUGGCCGCGAAGCAUAUCGGCUGGUGCAACAAGUUAUGCACCGCAGUUAAUUGCACGCCAGUACUUUAUACGCAAGGACAAACCGCGCCUCGCGGUGCAGGCCGACGCCGGCAUUUUCUAGCCGUUACUUUCCAGUCAAGAGAGCCGCCUAUCCAUUUUUCCCCGAGAUAACGCCGAGCCGCCGAUACUCUCGCGAUAACGCGCAGCGUUUCCUGAAAAGCGCAGUAUCUGCGAGCAAGUUCCACUCUUACUGGUUCACCUUUGCCUCUCCCCGGGCCUCUGAUCAUCGCGGAAUGACGCAAACCGCUGCAGAAGGAAAUUACGCGGGACACAUAUAUAAAAUGCAUAAUCCGUUCAUGAAUGGCGUACGGGCCGCGUCACGUCGCUUCGCGGACGCGAACAAUAAUACGCGUGAUUCACGAGGAACGUCCCCGGCCGGCGGCUAACGAAACAGACGAAUAAUUUCUGCGCUACGCCACUGUCGUAAGAAUACCCGGCGCGACAAGGGAGACCUGUGCGCGUGCACACGCACGCGCCGAUACACCUGCGCCGAAGGUAAACGGUGCGACGUUACGCUGUCGCGUGUGUUCGCGCACGAACACAAUCGAAAGCGCGCCGACGCGAAAUCCGUAGCCUUAUUUAAUGCGAUUUGAAUUGCUAAUUGCGAGACUAUUUCUAUAAUCGGCGCAUAUUUCACCGCGAUCGUACGAGCGCGAUACCGCGCGUCGCUUCGGUCGAACCGUAAAUCUCGGAAUUGCAGAAAUUGAUUCGCAGAUAAAACGCGGCAGCUCCUUCGGAAAAAAGGCAGAUUUCGUCACGCCGGGAGCUAGCGUGAAUCCUGCCGGUUGGCUAAUUAUCUUCGAACGCUUGCCGAACGAUUUACGCGAGCGUAUCGGUAUCGUCAGCCUAUCGCUCCCCUUUAUGAUCCGCGAUUUCCGGCGCUCUCGUUUUCGUUCCCGUUCUCGUUAUCGGCGAUAAACAGUCGAAUGUUUACUUCGCUCAACUUUGUCGAGUUCUGCACGCUCGACGCCGAGGAGGAUCAGGUCGGCAGAUAAAGGGGGAAUGAUUACAAAUACUUUAUUUUCGGAAUGUUCAGAUAAAGUCGGACGCGAGUCAUCGCUGUUUUAGGAACGUUCUUACGUCACCGGUACGAUUGUACCGUGUAUCGUCGAUCGGCAUUUCAAGUAAUCGCGAGUAUUAGAUUUCUUUCGAAUCGCGAGGCUUUGUACGCGAUAUUCGGAGAACGGAUGUUGAUCGUUCAAUGAAGAAGCGGGCUUAAAUCGCGCGACGUUCGCCUUAUCGGGUCUCGUUAAUCAGUCGGUUAAUCGGUUAAUCAAUUGAAUAAGCAACGAACGCCACGAAAACGGUCUUAACUGCAUAAGUAUCGGCGUAGGUUGUAACCGGUAGCCACUUAGUAACCGCGUACAAAUGUGGCGCAUGUGGGUCGUCGCAACGUUUCUCCUCAAGUCACGUUUUAUCUCUUCUCAGUAUUCAAGUGUUUUAGUAAUCCUCAGCGUCUACCAUCUGAGCGGUUUCCUUUACGCGGAUCUGCAUCUUGGCUUCGGUUACCGAUGAUAGCGACGCGAGGACUACCGUCUUCACCGCGAGAAACCUCCUCGAACGCAUACGUUAACACCGGAUUUACGGAAACGUCAAUGCGACGGAUGCUGCACGUUCGAAACAUUAUUUAGCAACAGUUUCAGUCGACGUUGACUCGUAACUGUACGAAUACGCGAUACUCUAGUUUCGAAGAUACAAUUUUCGCAACUUACCCAGACGAGCACUCAGUUUCCUAGGAACGGUAGAAGUGUAGAAUGAACACUUUAUUCUAUUGUUCCUGGAGAACUACAUGCUCGUCUACAUUAAUCGCGAAAAUUCUAGCCUCAACAUCAGAGCACCCAACGCGUGUUCGCAUAAUUGAAUCGGAAUCGACUGUUACUGAAUAAUGUUUAACCCUUUGCACUCCAAAAGUGCACCGGAAAUAUUCAAUAUUUUCUAACGGGGUACAGACAUUUCCUUAGAUUGAACUAAGAAAUCUCACGUGCAUUCAGGAAGAGAACUACUAUCUUUUAAUAUUUCGUAUAUUGGUACAUUAUACGAAGUUUAAUAUUAAAUAUCAAAGUUUACAGUUUUGCUGUCAAAUCAUUUGGCGACUUAGAGGCGCCUCUGGAGUGCGAAGGGUUAAAAGGUUCAAUAUCCGUGAAAUCGACGCGUUCCGUAAAUCCAGCGUGAAAUGGAAACGAUCGUGUCGAUAUUCGGAUAACGUUCCCAUUCUCCGCGACACGCAGGUGACACGAGAGAUCCGACGCGGCGGUGAUUGCUCCGGAAUACGGGCCACUGUGUCGUUUCCGUUUUAUUCGUUCGUUCUCCCCUUCGACUCGUUAAACAAAUUCGCCCGACCCUUGACGAUAUUAUCUGGGAAUCUGUUUCGCAGGGUGUUCCCAUUAACGUCUGCGCCCGUCCGUCAAACGCUAUGGGCGAACCGUGGACUCGGUAAACUCGGAAUCCGAACGGCUCUCGCUAAUUUUAGACGCCGUUCUGUUUCCUCGAGAAUCCCACCGGUCAUCGAUAUUGUCGCGUGGACGGCGAACAUGGAAUUCGAGACGCCUCGACGAACGAAUAUCCAACGAAUUAGCGAUUUAAUUGACACAAUUCCGUCGCGUUUCGCUCGGCCGCUCAUCAGUUUCACAUUCACGGGACGAAUAGGAUCAAGACCUUCCUGUCCGCCGCUGUUGUCGCGUUCUUUAAUCAGAUGCACGCUCGACGCGCGUAUUAAAUCGUUUAUUGAAAUUGCCGCGCUGCGCUGGCCAGACACGCUCGCACCGUGUGUCCCCCCACCCAUGAAUAAUAAUGUUGAACCGCGGCCUAUAUUUCCGAGCCGGUAUUUACCAUUUGCUAAGUUAUUUCGAGAACCUCCGUUAUUUCGCUUCACACGAAUCAAACGGACGGCAUGGAUAUUCCGUCGACGGUUUCAUCGAGCGACGCGACUCCGUUGGAACCGAUUUUACUACGCCGGGAGGGAGAGAUCUUUUUCUUAUCGGUUUCUUUAUUCGUCGUCGAUUUAUGCAUUCGCGAGGUGACGUUGUUCGCGCCUCGUCGAGCCGUUCUCGAAAGGUCGGCGAAUGAGCUAUCCGCACGCGAGAAAACGAACAACCGGAAACGAACAUUUCUAAAGUCCGCCGCGAGGUAGGCCGAUGAUUAAAUUCUUUCGUGCCCGAGUCGCGUCACCGGCACCGUUACGAGUAUUAAUAACUUCCACGGCCCCGCGAGAAAGCUAUAAAACAUUAGGUGUUCUCGGCUGAACGUUUAAACCCUCGACCGACGGCGUUUUCGAUCGGUGAAAGUAGAAUUCUUCCUUCGCUGCACGGUUCCAGCGUUCCGAUCCUUCGCACUUUCGCGCCCAUUCACCCCUCCAUGCAUUCCUAUCUCCUGUACGAUACAAUUAGCUGCACACGUGCGCUCAUACGUGCAUAAAGCGUAAGAAAUGUUUCUAACACCGGGUUUACGGGCGUUUAUCGUUUAUUCUAUUAUUCCCAGAAGAAUUGAUGUUCGCUCGACGCAAACCGCUGCAGAAGGAAAUUAUGCGGAACGCGUAUAAAAUACAAUUAGCUGCACGCGCGCGUUCGUACGUGCAUAACGCGUAAGAAAUGCUUCUCUUAACGCCAGGUUUACGGGCGUUUAUCGUUUAUUCUAUUAUUCCUAGAAGAAUUGAUGUUCGCUCGUUUAUUUCAGAGAAAUUGGGAGUUUGAGGAAAAGUUACUAGGAUGUACUAGGAUUACUAGGUUCGCCAGGUGAUAUAAAAUUCUACGCCGAUUUCUCGUGUUCCGAGAGUCAGUUAACAGCAGAGAUAGGCUCCGGUAUAAACGGUGCAGGAAAGUUUGGUCGAUGCUCGCGUACGGUCGCGUCAGUCGCGCGGCAGCAGUCGGUGGCGGGAGGGAACACGUAAUGCCGAGGAAAAGGGUGAAGUGUCCGCUAGGUUGGACGCUGCUCGCCGAAAAUAUCGACGAUGUAGAACGCGUGAAGCUCGAUCUCGAGACGCAACGGGAACUGGGUUGUGUGGUCGGAGAGCACGUGUUCCUGGAAUACCCAUGGGCGUACGUGGACAGAGAUAUCGUCGCGAGGUCCGCCAAGUCGGCGACGUCUCCGCUGCUGGUGUUCAGGGAUAAAAUCGAAGCUUACCAAGCUGACACGUUCCUCCUCGGCUACGCCUCGGAUCGGCUGGUCUCCCGAGAUUUCGUCAUCUGUCUUACCGAACAAGCGAGGCGCGUAGUCGCGGAGCGAAACAGAAACAUCGCGCGAGCUAUCUCGACCAGAGUCGAAGGUAAGAUAAGGAAAACCGCGAACGCGCGGAGGUCGUCGAUCGACGUAUCGGAGAGCGCCGAGACCUCGAAGGAUACGAGGGGAUUGUUCGAAAUAGAAAUCGUGCUGCCCGGAGGAGCGUUAGGCGCUGCCCGAGAGCUGGGCGACAGAGAUUCGGAUGGUUGCAGGGACAGCUACGCGCAGCUAGUGAACGCGAGCGAGGAAUUCCGGAGGAUCGAGAGGAGAUGCGUCUGCCGAUCGGUGCAAACGCAUUUGCCGCCGCGCGAGGCUUACGUCCAAACGUAUCGCGGCUAUCCGAAGAACGCUUGGACGCAGUACGACGAGGACGCGUUCGACGGGGAACCCGCCGAGCGGAGUCUCGACGAUGGCGUCGAGUCGAGGACAGAAUCGGAACGCAACGACGACGAACGGUCCAAAGGGAGGAGCGACGUUCAUAGCGCGGUAAGCGACGAGGAGCCUAGGGAGAAGACACCGUUGGAUUUAUUUCUAGAGGCUCGCUCGCCGGAGACAAUGGACGUCGUAAAAUACAACGCGGCCGUUAACUUGCACGUAGACGACAUACAGAAUUUGUCUCGGCGCGGGGAACUUCGCGUUCGAAGCAUCGCGCGGAUUACGCCGGCUUUUCGCGAGCUGUUGUCCUUUGCCGACUUCAAUCUUACGGCGAGUAAAAUGGUCGCCGACGUCUCGUUGCACCCCGUGUCAACGGAGUGCGCAGUGAUUUCUUAUGUCAGCGGUUCGACCGAGUCCCUCUCGUUAACGAAUUGCACGGGUUCCGAUCGGGAUUUACAGUCCAGCGUACUCGUUUGGAAAUUCGAGGAUCCUUUGCUCCCCUGGCUCCAACUGCAGCACUGCAGAGAAAUUUGCUGCGUCUCGUUUUGCCCUCACGAUGGUAACAUUGUGAUCGGAGGUUGUUCUGCCGGGCAAGUGAUCGUUUGGGAUCUGAAGCGUUACUUGGACGACGAUGAAAGGUUCUCUAAGUCUAGAGGAAACCCAGCGAUGGUUCCCGCCUCGAUUAUCUCGGACGAACGUUGCUCCCAUCGCGUUGCCGUUCGAAGGAUCGAAUGGAUGCCUGCCAACUACGAAACAGAAUCGACUAGAAAGUCGAGGGACUUCGCGGAAGUGCAAUUUCUAACUGCUUCGGAGGACGGCGCGAUAGCAGUCUGGAGUCUUCCCUCUUUAUCGAGCUCGUUGAGAACCGAGCGCACGGAUGACAAUGCUGACGCUCCUUUCGAACCGAUCUAUCGAUUCGCAAUCCCCGGCGAGGAGUCGCGGAGGAUUACUUUGUUGUCGUCGUGUCUUUCGUCCGUCGAAGUAUCUCGGGAACGCGACGAAAGUCAACAGGAAACUUACGAGCCGAGCGCGAAGGGGACCUAUCGCGCCAAGUGCCUGUGGAUUGGUUGCGCGGACGCAUUGAUAAAGUGCGUGUGGGACGAGCAGAUGGCCGACGCGGAAACGUCGAACGUCGCCCAGUGCGAGCUUUGGAAUCGGUCUUAUGCGCACAACGGUCCCGUUACGGACAUCCAGCGAUCCCCUCACCUCCGGGACGUUCUUCUGACAAUCGGCGGACACGUUUUCGCAAUUUGGAAGGACGAUUAUCUGGAUUCCCCAUUAUUUUGGCGGAGGACCGGUUGCCGGUACACAGCCUGCUGCUGGGCCAGCGAACCCGGCGUUUUUCUGCUCGGUAAUCGGCGUGGCGAACUCGAACUGUGGGACAUAAGGAACGAGUCGAACCGACCGGCCCUCUCCCAGAUCGUCUCCGUGGCGCCCGUCGUUCGGCUGAUCCCGAUGGAUCGCGUCGUCGCCGGCGAACGCGUCAAGACGGUCGGCGUAGGCGACGAGUCUGGAUUCUUCCGGGAAUACAGGCAGCUCGGGACCGAUCGCGCCGACGAAACGAUCGAGAGAAUGGACUGGUUCAGAGAAUACGUGUCGAGAGAGGCGCAGAGGAAGAAGGUAUUCGCUGAUUGGCAGAACGAGUUCCUCGCGAACGAUCCGUCCGUUGUCGCGAAGAUAUCGGCCAGAUGCGACGCGGAACGGAGGAAGGAGUUCGAGGAAGCGAGGGCAAGGCUUCGGAGGGAGGACGAAGACCGGUCGAAGUCGAGAGCGGAGAAGCGCGUCCGCGGCGCCUCGAAAUCGGCGGACGUCGCUUGGAAAUUGAAGGAAUACCAGAGGACGAAGGCUGUUCUGCUGAAGAAAAAGAAUUUGGACCCGAUCGAUCUGGAGGCGAAGAGGCUUCCCCUCGUCGUUUCGAGCGCGGAGAGGAACGCGAAGCUGAAGAAAGCCCAGGAAACCGUUCGCCGUCGAGAGGCGUGCUUCUCGGACGCGUUAUCCGUAGAAUUUCCCGAGCGACUCGAAUCGAAGAGCGAGAGAUCGGAGAUCGGAGAAGCGGCGACGCGUCUUGUCAGAUCUGUCGACGAAUACUUGACAGAAUUCGACGAGCUACGGGACGAAAUUUGUCGGAAAUUUACGAAAGACUCUCGAUCGACGUGAAACGGCGAAACGAUAGGGGUACGAGGGAAGAGUAGCCUUGUCAUUCGUCUACCAGUGAACCUGUACCGAAUGGUAUUCGACGAUUCGAGCUAUUGGA